GAAAUAUGCCUUUCCGUUGUAAAUGUGGUAGAACAUUUGAAAAGACCGACUCUUUUGCUUCUCAUACAUCUGCUUGUGCUCCCUUUCACCAGCGACGUAUGUCGGACACAACUCAGCAAGUUUCCUUGACUGGGUUUUUGUCGUCGCCCAGUCUAUCCCCCGCUCAGUCUGACAGUAGCACCAUUAGUAGUAGUAGUAGUAGCGAUCUAUCCAGUUCUGUCCCCACCACCACUGGUAAUGGGUUUUUUAUGCCUACUGCAUUAUCCUUGCAUAAUGUAUUUGAAGGUGCCAGAAGAAGAUCCAUGUCUUCUAGUUCGUCUACACUUAAAUAAAUACCCACACACUGUACUUUUUUUUUCGAUUUAAUAAAAAUUCUCACUACAUAACUUU